AUGUACAUACAUAAUUGGCGAUAUCUGCAUCUGAUUGCAGUCGCACCGCCAUGUAUCGGAGUCAUUUCUCUUUACUUUCUGCCCGAAUCACCUCGGUGGCUCGUCUCACACAAUCGGUUAGAUGAGGAUGUUUCCACACUCUACAGGGCAUACAGGAUCAACCAUUUGUUAGACAACACAGGACGACCGAUCAUGACCAGAAGACCCUAUCAGACGGGUGAACUGACCAAAUACAGCAUCGUCUCUAAAUGCAUAUUUGCUGGACAAUUGUGUUGCUUCUUCGGCCUUCUCUUGUACACCCGUAUCCUCCGAGGAUCUAUUUACUUAAUAGCGUUUAUAAAUGCCUUGACAUCGCUUCCAGGUAGUCUCCUGUCUACACUCCUCUACAGUUUUGUCCGCGGCCGCCAUAGGCCACUGCUGGCUCUCUAUUCAAUGGCAGGAAUCGUACUACUCAUAGGCGGUCUCUAUACAGUCAUUCUGCAACCCUCCUUAGACCUGGCACUGGUUGUCUGUUGCAAUCUGGCCUUCACUCUACUGGAAGCAGCCUUCAACAUGAUUUUCAGCAACGUACCGGAACUUUUCCCCUCAGCCAUCCGGACCGAGGCGCUGGGAAACGCUUCUGGUCUCGGUCGAGUGGGCAGUAUCUUAAGCAGUUUCAUCAACGAACUGGAUAAGAAAUUAAGGCAUGGCCUUCCGAUUCUCGUCUACGCGGCUGUUGCUUUUACCGAGGUGGUGCUGCUAUUCUGCACGCUGCUAUGUAUGCCCGUCCGUAGUGUCGGGACAUCAUGA